AUGAAGGCCAUGAUUCUACUACUUUAUCUUCUAGGAUCAACUCAGUCAUUACCGACGCAGCUCAACCCUGCUUUGGGACUUCCUCCAACAAAACCGGCUCCACAUCAGGCAACAUUACUAAACCAGCAGCAGCCAAAUCAGGUAUUCCCCUCUUUAAGUCUAAUACCACUGACACAGAUGUUCGCACUGGGGUCAGAUCUGCAGCUGCUAAAUCCUGCUGCAGGGAUGGCACCUGGUACCCAGACCCUCCCACUGAACUUGCGGGGACUGAACACACAACAGCAGCUGCAACCCCAAAUGUUACCAGUUAUUGUAGCAUACCUUGGAGCCCAUGGUGCUAUCCUUAGUUCAGAGGAAUUGCCGGUGGCCCCCCAAAUCUUCACAGGCCUCCUUUUUCAGCCACUGUUCCCAGGAGCCAUCCUGCCCCCCAGUCCAGCUAAUCCAGAUGCCCGGAAUGGAAUCCUUCCUGCGGGGCAAGCAGGAGUGAAUCCUGCCAUCCAGGGAACUCCAGAGGGCUUCUCCCCAACUCCCAGCGACACAGACGAUGACUUUGGUGUGACCGCCCCUGCAGGCAUCCAAAGGGGCAUGCACACCACCCAGGAAACCUCCACUGGGCCUCCAAAUGGUAAAUUCUCUGAGCCAGGAAAAUGCCUCAGGAAAGUCAUCUGCAGAGUGGAAACAGAGUUCUUUAUCUUGCCUUGA